AUGCAAGAAGAAGAAGUUGCUGUAGAUAUUGACCGUCUGGUCGAUCACUAUUUGGGAAUGCAGACCGUAAUGGUCUCAUCAUCUCCUUUUCUUAUUAAUGGUGACAAUGAUGAUAGUAAUAAUAAUGAUAACAAUAGUAUGAAUAAGAAUGAGGAUGACUUGCAAACAGCGGUGGAGAAGAGAGAUACAAGGAUAAUCCCACCGAUAAAAAUAUCCAACAAUAAUAAUAACAAUAAGAACACAUUCAAUAGCCAAGAUGUUCACAGUAGAGGUGAUUAUGAGGAUGAGGAUGAGGAGGACAUUGAGGCUAUAGUAGAGAGUAUUCUUCGUGGAGAUCGGUGUGGGGAUGGCAAUCCCGCAGAAGGGCCACUAUGGGAAGAUGAGAAAUCAUUCUCCCAUCAACAUCAACAUCAUCAUCAACAAGAAGAAGAAGAAGAACAGAUAUUUCCCUUACGAAAAGAAAAACAAAAACAAACAAACGAACAAGAAGAAGAAGAAUUAGAAGAAGAAGAAGUGGAAUCACCUCUACCAAGGCGAGUAGAUGUAGAUCCCUCCACUCGCCGCACACACUCCAUCUCAUCCCACCGCAGUCAAAGCAGCAGUAGUGUCCAUCACUUACUCCGUCGGUUGAAGAUGUGGCAGGAAAGACGAGAUGCAAAACGUCUGCAGGCGGUGUAUGAGGCACUUCUGCAAGAACAGGCGGAAUGUCCAUUUCAUCCACAAUACACCUCUACUCGUGGGGAGAGUCAAAAUAAUAAUAAUAAUAAUAAUAAUAAUAAUAAUAAUAAUAAUCCUUAUUAUUAUUAUUAUUAUCAUAAUAAUACCAAUAACAAGAGUGGUAUACAUACAGAGGAUCCAAAUUGUGUGUUUGAUGUAAAUGGUGUGGGAUCAUUUCUCUCACGAAUGAAAGAGGCGCGGGAAGUGCGAGAGGCGGCACGGCGGGCGGAAGAAGAAGAAGUGCGGCGUCACUGCAGUAGUGAGACGUGGAAUCCACGGCCAACCAUACCGCAGCCAUUUCUGCUUGGACGAACUGCACGGCGGGGAAAGAGAAAAGGUAUGGCGGCUCGCAUGGAUACAUUUGGGCAAUAUGCGGAGAAUAUUCGUGCGCAGUUGUUAGAGACACCGUCGAUGAUUGAAGGGCCAUCGGUGCCGAGUGGAUUGUUCUCUGUGCCGUCUACAGAACUGCUUCUUCAGCAUCUCUCGCACCAGGAUACAAGAAGAAUGUUGUAG